CUGUUAAGGGAAUAUAACUAACCAUAGGGGAGGACGAGGGAUAUAGAGAUAAAUCUGUGCUGGAAGAGACAUCAAAUAAACCACAGCAAAGCAGGAGCGGGAAUAAACAGACUCGGCGAAGAAGGAGGGAUUAAUAGAAACGUGAGGGGUAGAGCAGCACUGGGAGUUUAACACUUAAAAAAAGUUUGCUAAAAAGUUUUCUGCGAGGUUUUAAGCUUUGAUGAGCCUGCGGGAGACUGGCGGGGCUGCAGUCUCGGAUGCUCAGCGCCGAUGGAAGCCGGGGCAAGGCUGCUCCUCCGGCUUUUGCUGCUUUGGGAACUUUCCCCUUCUUUGCAAGAUUCCAGACUACGUCUGGACGAAUCACCCCCUGAGAUAAUUGAACAUCCAACUGACCUUGCUGUGUUCCGGGGUGAGCCGGCUACACUGAACUGCCGUGCAGAGGGAAGGCCCCAGCCGAUUAUCGAGUGGUACAGAAAUGGCGAACGUGUGGAGACCAGCAAGGACGACCCUCUGUCCCAGCGAACUCUCCUGCCUCACGGCUCCCUCUUCUUCUAUCAGCUGAACCAGGGGCGUAAAGGAAAGUCAGAUGAGGGCAUAUACACAUGCGUUGCAAGGAACCAUCUGGGAUAUGCCUUGAGUAAGAAUGCAUCACUCUACGUGGCAUCCCUGCGGGAGGAGUUCCGCCUGCAGCCCAGCAGUGUAGUGGUGGCAUUAGGCGAGCAGGCAGAUAUGGAAUGUCUCCCACCCCGAGGUCACCCAGAGCCAACCGUUACAUGGAAGAAAGAUGGAGUACCUCUCAAUGAAACGGAUGACCAUUACAGAGUCACUGUUGGCAAACUCACCAUCUUCUACACUCUCCGGAGUGAUUCGGGAAUGUACGUGUGUGUAGCAACAAACAAAGUGGGACAGCGGGAGAGCAGGGCUGCCCGAGUGUCUGUAUUAGAAAAGCCAACCUUCGUUCAAAGGCCAAGUGAUGAAACAGUAAUAGCUGGAAAUAGCGUGCAGUUUUCCUGCAAAGCUCGAGGUGAUCCGAUGCCGCGAGUGCGUUGGAAGAAGGAAAAUGGAGAGCUUCCCACUGGGAGGUACGAGGUGAACUCUGAUAACACAAUAAGGAUUCAUUAUACUGCUCUUAGUGAUGCCGGUCUUUACACCUGCCUGGCUGAGAAUUCGGUGGGUUCAUCUGCUGCCUCUGUCUCCCUCAUUGUACAAGAUGCUCUUGAUACUGGUCAGAAGGAGAGACGGAAGGCUACCCAACGGGAGUUGUUGGAUGUCCGUGUAUACCUACACAACAUUACCAUUCUUCCAUCAUCUUCACAUGUCCAUCUCCACUGGAAGGUUGUUUCACCAUCUCAGUACAUCGAGGGAUUUAAUGUUUUCUUUCGUUCUCUGAUGCCCCUGAGCACGGACUGGAUGGUGGAGCAGGUUACAAACCCAGCUGAAGAGCAUACAGUGCUGACCACACUCAGGAGGGGCUACAAGUACGAGUUCAAGGUUCAAGCAUACAGCGGAAAGUUUUGUAGUCCAGACAGUAACACAAGGCAUGGAAGGAUUCCCGAGGAAGUACCAGAUGCUCCACCUCACAGUGUUAUCAUUGCAACCACAGAAAGUAGGAAUGACAGUAUUGUGGUCAGCUGGAAGCCACCUCCUCCCGAGUCCCACAACGGCAUCAUCAAAGGUUACAAGGUUUGGUGUUUGGGGAAUGAUACACAGCAUCACAGAAACUGGACAGUGAACAGCAGUACGCACCAGCUGGAGAUCCCCGCAAUGAAUUCUGGGAUUGAGUACCGUGUGCAGAUUGCAGCGAUCAAUGGCGCUGGAGUGGGAGUUCACACCAAACCACAGUAUGUCUACCUAGACCCCUCGGGUCAGGAGACAUCAUCGGAGUCUUCAAUCUUUGGUCGGGUGCUGGAGUUUGUGAGGCGGCCGGUUUUCAUUGCAAGUGCGGGGAGUGUGAUCUGGGUCAUCCUGAUGGUGCUCAGUGUGUGCUUGUACUGUCGCCGUACCAAACGGGGUCACAUUCAGAAGCAACACAAGCUGAGCAAAGGCAUGUACAGGCUGGCUAAUGAAGACAUUAUAAUCAAACACAGGAUGAACCUCAUUGAUUCUCCUUGGCUGUCAAACUCUUGGAAAUCAAACAGCUGCUCCAAGAACCUCAGUGCCGGUGGUACUCGCCCUCUCUGGCUGCACAGCUGGGAGAAUCAGAUGUACAGAGAAGCAGGUUCGUCAUUUGAGAAGACUCCGGUUUUGAGGGUCCAAGGCCCCACUCUGUUGUCUGACAACAGCCUGAAUGGGACGUUCAGCACUGACAUUAAAGGGAAAGAUCUGAAGACGUUCAGUACUCCGCUUGUACAGAGGUCCACCAUUUCCAACCACAGUGUUCAGAUGACUCCAGACCACAGCCCUUUGCCAUUGCUGAAGAACAACAUAAACAGAAACAACAUCAACAGCUUUGGUCAGGAGGUUACAAAGUUACCGCAGAAAAUGCCACCCUACCUGCAGCCAAAUGUGGAAUUCUGGGAUAAAAACUGUAAUAAAGGAAAUAUUGGGCCCGUAAUGGCUAUUUGCCGCAACCCGACCACAAGGAAUGUGCCAGGCGCCAUCACAAGCCCAGAAAACACUUGCAAAGGUGAGGGGAAGACAGUGAUGAAGACUUUCUGUUCCCCAAAGGCGCAGCAUCGCAGUUUCGGGCUAAGACUGGUUGAUGCUCUUCCUCCUCCACCCCCUCGUCCUGUAGAGGAACCUGGACAAGUGCAGGGCCCAGAGGAAAGGCAAAGCAAAUCUACAAAGAAUUCUGAAUCAAACAUGGUCUCACCAAGAAGAACGAGGAAGGAAUGCUGCUCUUCUUCAGGAGACAAGUUGUCCACUCAGACCACAUGCUACAGCCAUCAGUCCACUGCCACCUUCUCUCUGUCCGCAAACAACGACACUGCAAAGGGAUUCCGUCCAGAGCAAGUAGCUCAGUAUCUGGAGCUGACAGAUGAGGGCAGGAAAAGGCACUUUACAGACAACCUGUCCACCUUUGAAAGACCUUUCUCACCUCCCCACACGUACGGGUACAUUUGCGGGCCGCAGCUCUCCGACCUGGAAACGGACACCGUGGACUACGAUGAUGAAGAUGAAGACCUGGACAUGGAGGUUGCCCGUGUGAACUCGCACAGAUACUUCCAUAGGCUCUGCCACAGCCCGACCUCCAGCAUCAGCGAGUGCGAGAGUUCCCUUGCAGGGUCUUUGGCCAAUGGCUGGGGCUCAGUGUCCGAGGACAAUUUCACCAGUGCCCGCUGCAGCAUGGUCAGUUCGUCCGAUGGCUCCUUCCUCAUGGAUGCCAACUUUGCUCAGGCACUGGCUGUGGCAGUGGACAGCUUCUGCUUUGGGCUGGCACAGCCAGAGAGGGAGACGCCUUACACAGCGCUCUCUUCAUCCUCCUUUCUGCCGACUGCCUUCCCUGACACUGUAUCCCACAACCCAACUGAAGGAUCAGAGGUCACGAGUGUGUGCCCGGAAUCUGACCCUGCUCACAUUUGGGAUUGGAAUCUGUCUUGGGCAGAUGAACUAGAAGACAAAAUCGCACAGAAGGUGGAAAUUACAAGGAGGAACCCAAUGGCUCUUGGAAAAGAUCUCAGCAAACCCUUCAGGAAUCUCUCAGACCAGCAGCAGCAGGGCAAGAGCAUCACUGGUACAAAGACUGAGCUACAUGUGUACAAUUCUGGACUGGAUGUGCAGGUGAACCCCACCCUCAGUGCGGUACAUGUGUCUUUCGCAACGGUUGGAACCCCGGUACACAAGAGUUUUGCAGUUAGGAGGAAGGUGGACAAAGUUGGACUGUUGAACUUCCCCGUGGAUGCCAAUGGUCUCACCAUGGUUAAAGUUUAAGGAGGUGCACAACUGAAUAUCCUAUGGAUGUGGCCCAUCCCUGUACAUACAGAAAUCUAAGGAGCCAGAUCCAUGAGGAAGUGAAGGAUGUUUAUAGGGUGCAGACAUUACACUGGUGAUUGGUGUCCUGCAUGCUCUACCUGGUCAACUACAAUUCAAUUUGGUCAAUGCUACACAUAUCCAAAUGGUGGACGGUUCCAUGUGUAGUCUGUGUAGCGUCUAUAGCAAACUCAUUAGUCUGGAACCAUGAAGUGUUGGGAAGGUUUGUCUAAGCUUCCCAUUUCUUUGAAAUCAAGGGCAGAAAAACAAAACAGACAGCAUAUUUACAGCCAGAUGUUAGUAACCAGUGACCGAAGAGUGGCUGAACAUUGGCUUGUAGAUUGUGUAGAUAGGCAGCUGAGGCUGAAUGGGGGAAAAUGGGGUUUAACUCAAAAGCCAGGCUGUUGUUCUUGGGGCAUCGGAGUACAUGUACAUUGAAACCCACAAGUGCACAUCAGCUUUUAAUUUAUCUCUUUACUAAUUCAUCUAACAGAUUUAUUUAAAUAAAAUUGACUCUGAAAGCUGAUAUGGAGCGACGAUCAAAACAGCAAACAUCAAGGAGGCCUAAAGCAUUGGUGACCAAAUUCAGCUAUGUCUAUUGCCCAUUACUGGAGAAAUAUAGAAAGAGAUCAAAACAUAUAUAUUGAUUGGCUAGAGAAUUUUCACUUGGUGUACCUGAAGGGCCAUUUUCUCUGAAGAUCUAGUAUUGACAAUGUUACUUCAUUCUGAUGUUAAUCUAACUGUACUUAUCAUUUUCAAUAUGAACAAACAGCAUUAAAAGAAGUUAAAAAACUGUGCUGAGA